AUGAGGCGGCAGCGGAGCGGAACGGGGCCGGCGAGCGCCAGCGGCGCGGCGGCAGGUGUGAGCCCGUGCCGGCCGAGUAGCUCCUGCAGCGGCAGCGCCGAGCGGAGCCACCCGCCCCGCGCCUCCCCCCGCCCGCCCUCUCGUGCCGGCACCGCCGGCCUCGGUAAAUCAGCGCGGCGGGUGCCCCCGGCACGGCCCCGUCCCCCCCGUCCCCGAGGAGCGACGCCGAAGGAGCGGGACCGACUCACUCAUGGGAGCGCGGCGGGCGAGGCCGGCGACACCUCCGGCUUCCGAGGCGCCGGCGAAGUUAAUUGCACUGAAGUUCAAGUUGUCUUUUCACCCAUCAGGAGUGGGCGUUUAAAGGAAGGAGAGCACACGCAUGCACUCGCACACACACACACACACACACGCACCCGCCCGCUCGGCUCCGCUUCCGAGCUGCCUCAGCAAGGAGGAGCCCGGACGGAAAACACCAGGGCAGCAAGGUACCGGCGUGGGGCAGCCCUGCCUCUGCCUGCGUGUCUGUGCGGUGUGCGUGCGCGUGUGUGUAUAUGUGUGUGUGUGUGUGUGUGCCCGCGUUCCCCCCGCCCGCUGUCUCGCACAGCCCCUCCGGGCGGGGAGGUGCGCGCUGCCCCCGGGAAGGGGGCGGCGGUGCCGUCGGGGCAGCGCGGCCGCGGGAGGCCGGUCCGACUGGGGCCGGGGGACUGCGAGCCCUGCGCUGCCGCUCGGCUCCACGCCUGCUGCUUCCUGCCUGCGCGGCGGCGGUGGGGAGGUGGGGGGAGGAAGAACCGAGCAGCGGCUGGAACGCGGAGGUGGCGUGUGUCUGUGUGUGUGUGCGCGGCGUCUCCUCCUCUCCGGCGGCUCCCGGCCCCGCGUGGCGGUGGGGCUGACUUGGUGGAAGUCCCGAGGGGUGAGGGUGUGCGAGUGUCCAUCCCUACCGCCCCCCAUGCCCCGCCGCCGUGCGACUCGGGUCGGAACCCUCCGCCGUCCCCGCAUUUGCCUUCCCCCGGCACCGCGCCCCCGGCCCUCUCUCCGCCCUCCUCGGCCCCCGGUUUCCCCCUUCUGUCCAUCUUUCCCCCACUCCUUUAUUUCCAGACCUGCCCCCGCGCCGCUACUCCCAGCGCCCUGGCGGCUGCCCCUUUCGGGCAGGCAGUGCCCCACGGCCACCUGCGAUUUGAAGUAGCUGAGGGAGCGAUGCUCCGCGACCGCGCUGGCGGCCUUCCAGGGUUGGGGAUGCGUCCCCCGGAGGCCUCUGCCCGCCCAGCACCUCCGCUUCCCCAUCGGGCCGGGAGCGGGGUCGGGUCCCGCCGCUCAUCACCCCUGGUGCUCCUGACUGGUGUUUCACCACAUGCUCCUCGGAUUUGGAAGCAGACUUCCUGGAGAAGGACGCUGGCAAUGAGUGCAGGUUUCCCUGAAAGCUGAGGCUGUUUCUUAUUCCCUAGGAGACUGAGAAGAGAGGGGGCCCCGGAUGUCAGCCCAAUCUCCGUUUUUUAUUUGUCUCGACUUUGAGGCAGAUUUCCUCUUUCAGCUCUGGGAACUGACAGGUACAAUUCCUGUAGGCACCUUUGCAUGUCUCAUAAACAAGACCAAGGCCAAGAAGUUGAUAAGUCAGUGCUUUUCCUAGUUAACCAGCGGUAUGCCCUUCUAUUAAUUGCUAUUAGAAAGUUAACCUUGUAGCUCAGUUAUUGAAUAAUCAUUAAUCCAUGGAGGAUACACAAGCCCAAAGGUUAAUAACAGGAAUAGCAAUUAAUAAUAUUGACCUUGCCAGUGGGAAGAGUAUUUUUGUCAUAGUUAUUAAAAGGCACUCCUAUUUGUACUGUGUACAGUGGUGCAAAUUUGGACCCAAUAUGCUGAGUGCCAAAUUAAUGCAACAACACCAGAAAUUAAUUUACCCCAUUAUCUCCAUGUUAUCAGUCCUCUGACUUUUUCUCCCUUUAAAACAUAUCAUUCACUAUUCUCAGUUUAGAUAGAAAUGCUAGGUCUUUAAUCAAUUCUGACAUUUCCACUAGAAAAUAACAUCAAGCUCACUUACACAGAUAAAAAUUUAUUUGCCUGCAGCUGAUUUGUUGUAGUGCUUUGGACCUAUUCAUUUCUCAGAGAGAAUUUAGCUUUCUAUGGUCUUUUGAUACCAUGGGGUAAUAAAUAGGAAAUCAGUACAAAGGGGACAUUCUCACUUUUAUAAGUCCAACUCCCCCCUCCCUAGAGCUGCCUCCUCACAGGGCUACUCAGACUGACUGACUGACUAACCUGCAUCUUCUAUUGUCAAAGAUCCAUCUCCUUUAUUUUGUAUCACAUUUCUGACUGGCUGGUCAGUAAGCCCUAAUAGUAAUCAUGUUUCAUGUCUCAGAAAUCUAAUAGUCAAGUUACUCAUUGUUACAAAUUGCAGCUAAGCUAUGUGGGUUAGUCGCGUUAUCCCUACUUUAAAGGCAGGGAAACUGAAACAGGAAAAUUAACACAUUUGCCUGAGGCUACGCAUGGAUUUAAGAGCAGAUCCAGGACUGGAACUGAAUUUAGACCAAGCUCCCUCUUAAAGAUUCUUAAGUGUGCUAUGGAAAAUGCUUCUUUAAAAAAGAAAUGUAACGUAAACCUUAUUUUUCAUCAGUUUUGUACGUUAGUCAAAAUACAUUUUUUUUUUAGCUCACAUUUCCUUUUGUAAAGAUAAGAUUUAUCCAGCUUUAAAAAAAAAGUGUGGUGGUACCUUUCAACUACAUAGGCCAGUUUACUUUGGAAAAAAAUAUUUAACAUGAGAUUGUGAGCAGUAAUGGGAACAGAAUUGCUUGUUAUUAGGCUCCUGUAAACAAUAUUUGCUGAAUGUUAUGGUAUAGUUACAGGUCAACAAAACAUAAUGAGAAGUCCAACAUUAGUAUAGGUAAGCUGCUCUUGCUUACCUAGUGUGCAUCAGUUUUCACUAUAAUGCACUUUCAGUGCUUUCAGUAUCAAAAUACUUAGCAUGGGUCUAAACAUUGAAAAACAUAUGGGACCAUAUACUGUGUUUGAGAGUUAUGUACCAAGUCGUGUCAUUCAUGUCACUGAAGCAAGACAUAUAUUGCCUGCCCUUUAGCUGUGACAUGUCAUGAAAGCUGUGUGGUAUGACUGAGCACAGAUGGCAUGCCUAAAAAGCAGGCAUACAAUAUAACUUUCCUGUUACUGACACGUAGACAUUUCCUCUUCCUCAAUGUCCACCCCUAGAUGUUUGCUUGCCCAGCCUUCUACAGGAACUAUAGAAAGUCCUGCUCAUCCUGCUCAUCCCUGGGGCCUGGAAUUGUACAGUCAAAACCCUAUACAGAAUAAGUGUUGGCUUUUUUUUUUUUAAGUUUUUUUUUAUUUAUGCUGACAGCUCCAUUCUGAGCAUUUUUAGAGUCCUGAUUUGAGGGAAGUGGGUGCAGAUCUCAUUCAAAUAGUCAUUCUCCAAUACCAUUAACAUUACCUGCCAAAAAUGAAAGUGGCAUAUGAAUCACAAUAAGCUACUCAUGAAUUUGUGGAUUUAGAACCUGCCAAGGAAAGAUAUACAUGAGAUUUCAAAGUCCCACCAGUUGCAGGGACUUUAAAUAGUAUGUAAAAGUACGUUUAUCCAAAGACCAUCUUGUUGAUGACCCAUUCUAUAAGGGCUACAGACAUAAGCGAUUCCAGGGAAGGGUAAUACUAACUGAAAAUAUUUCUGUUCUCAUCUUUCACUUACAAGUGAGAUGGUGAAAGUGAUGAAACUGCUAAUUGUAACUAUGUCAGAGACCUUUCCUGAGGUGCUCCUUAUCAAAGUGCUACUGUGACUCUUUUGUGUGAGAAGAGCUUUAAAAUCCUCUGGGAAAUAUCCCAGUUGCUUUCCAGUUCCUUUCAGACAUGUAAAUAUCUUUAUGUUUAGACAUGAGUAGAGAGGGGUGGAAAACGAAGUUCAGCGAGGAGUAGAAUGGGGUUAAAAGCAUCCACAUAGAUCCAGGAACCAAAUACAUACAUGUCUUUUUUUUUUUCUCUAUCUGAUGUUAGCUGGGAAAAUGAAAUGUUCAUUAUCAAGAAGAAACACUGCAUAAAUGUGUGGAUACUUGAGAUUUAUGUUUACCCAUGAUUGACAGAGAAGGCCAUCUUCUGCCUGAAAUUACAGAUGAGCAACAGAACUCUCAGUAAUGCUCAGAUACUUAUGUUGUUCUCAAGUAAUAUGUACAUUACCAAGUAUGGUUUAUUUCCAGCUUGCAGUAUAUGAAUAAUGCUAUAUGAGUGAAAAAGACUACAUGCCACCUAGCAUGCCCUCUGAUUGUUUGCUUUUUUCGUGGUUUGCUUUAAGCUAAGCACAUCAGAAACUGAAAAUAACAUUUGGGUCUUUUUUCCUUCUUAACAUAAAAAACCCACAGCCAAGGUUUUGUAAACUAUUUAUAUGUUGUUACUUGUGAAACAUAACAAAGAAACCUGCAUACUAGCAUGGUCGACACAUAGAUGUCUCAGCUGCUUGUUGAAAUGUUAAGACGUGGUUUGAGUAACUGUGUUCCAACCGGUUAUAAGCAUUACCUGUUGUAGGAUGAAAAUGGUAGUGAACAAAUACAACCAUGCAUUGUAGCCUUCUGUGCAUAUUUUAGGUGCAAGUGGCCAUUAUCAGCAGUACCUCAACCUUGUCUGGUGUUCCGUCUCACUAUUGACUCAGUGGAAGGUAGUCAGACUUUUCUGAAUGUAUCGUCAGGGUAUUUCUGCAGUCUUGAUUAUUCUACUCUUUGUUGGUUAGACACCAAUCUCCCAAGCUUAGGCCUAUGCCACCUCACUAUCUGAAUGUCUCUCCUGAAAAUUUGUUUUCUGAAAUGGGAAUCCUGUCAGUAAUAACAAAUUCAUCUAUCUGUCUCCAGACUGGCUUAAGUGUCCUCCAGUCACUUAGUGAAGACCUGUGUUUUCCAGCCUUGAUGCUACACAGUACGUCAGUCCAUUCAGCUUCUCUCCAAGAUGGUAACUACCUUCUGUUCCACAUCUCUUACACGAGAUCUUUGGAUUACUUAAAAAAGUAAGCUGCAUCCUGUAUAUUUCCUCUUAAAACUUCUCUUUAGGAAAAAAAUCAACUUAUUGUGGGCACAUCAGUGAUAUCAAACUCACUUCUGUUUUGUCUGACUGCUCUCUCCAUCUUCUGUCAGUCUAAAAAGUGUAAUUUUUUAAGGAUUGAAGGAGUUAUAUUAAUAUUUGUGUGAACCAUUUUUCCUGCUCAUUGUCUGUUCUUCUUUUCUCCUUCCCCUUGGUGUCUGGUUCAUCUUGGCUGCUUUUAAAAAUUCUGUUGCCUCUAGUGAGGGACUGCCAGAUUAAACCAGUGAAGAGAAACCAGGUGACUGUCUACUUUUAUGAAUAUAGGUUGUGUAUAAUAAAUUCAGGUUUUACAUCUAUGCAAAUUAAAUCAUCAUAUGAUUCUGACUACAUGCAUUUUUUAUCAAAUAUGGCAUAUAUUUCACAAAUUAUAUUUAACUUGUAGUCAUGUUGCAAUUUUAAAUACCUAACUAGGAGUUACAAGGUGUGCCACUAGGUCUUGGUAAAUAGGUUUACAAACACAGAAGAAAUAGAAGAAAUUUACCUUUUUUCUUGUAUUCCUGGUAAGUUCAGUGAAAAAGUUUUUCUUCCUAUAGGUGAUAAUAUUAAACAUCUCACAUACUGUUUGUCUUUAGAGACAAAAAUACAUUUUGUUACUAGAAAUGUAGAGAUUUUGUAGGGGCCUAAACAGAACAUGGCCAGAAUGAGGAAGUUUUAAAGCAACAUGUCUUUGGUCUGGAGUUUACAGCAUCUAGUUAGUAGGGCUUUUUGCUAAUGUUUCUGUCAUGGAGUGGAAGUUAAAUGUCAAAAUAAACUUUUUACUUCCGCAGAAUUAUAUAUUCAACUUGGGAAUAUUGUGAAGUGAAAAUAGGAUUUAGCGAAAUUCUUUCUGUGGGAUUUAUCGACAGACAGGACAGUUUUAGUGUCAAGCCCUAAGCCUUGCAAUAUGAUUCCCAGCCAUAGGUGCACCAUACUUUGAAUAAUCAGUCUGUCAGCUGAGCUUUGACAAGGAUUAUGCUGUGAAGGUAACAACUCAAUGCUUUCCAUGUCAACUCUCUUUGGUAAUUGCUGCUGUUUUUUCUUAAAUAAAAAGAUAUUUUGGUGAGCACAAA